AAUGCGUGCCUUCGGUACGUUAGUGACGUUAUUAACAGCCGUAAGCACCUACGGAUGUUACGCUCUUGUCUCGGACGAACAGUGCUUCAGCAUAGGUGCUAAAAGUGUUGUUGAAGCGUUAAAAUCGUCUAGCGAUCGAAACUUCUACCUCGAAAUUGAUAAAAUAAAGGAUAGUCCAUUUUUGACAGUAUUAAGAUAUUGUCUCGGACCAGAUGCCUCAAGUUCAAGUCAAGACUUCCUUGCUUGUAUGCUCGCUCGCAACACCUGCCCUAGAGGGGGCAUGGAAAUUGUUAAUUGGGAGCCAUGUGUAUGUGACGCUGCUCUAUGUAUUUUAAGGAACUGCCUCAACAAGUGGGUAGCCAAUAUGUCCAUAUCUGACUUUAAGUGCAUGAAACCAUGCCUUAAAGAAAAUUCAAAUUGCAUUGUCUCACAAACCGGAGCACUUGGAGAACAAUCAAAGUUGUUCAAACAGAUACCGUCACACUGACUAUUCAAUAUUUAAAGCA